GUGGCGUUAUAUAUGGCUAGUAUUGGUGCUUUUGUGCUCUUUUACGCUGGGCAAUAUGGUCUUAGGGGAACACCUUUCCUGUCCCAUGUGCAGUGCGGAAACUGAUUGUAAGACGCUAGAUUUCGUGACUUGCACACACUCGAAAGCUGAAGAAACAGUCCAGUUUAUGGAGAACUAUUACGAAAUUGGAGUAAACCUUACACAAAGCGGUAUUUUUAAGUGCAUUACGAUUUUAAUUGAAAUUUUAGAUUGGAUCGAUGAAUGGCGGGGCUGUGUCUAUGCCGAUCUAAACGCCUGCAAACUUAAUAAGAAAGAGGAUAUGAGUUGGGAAAACAUAAUCUGUGAAACAUACCAAGUGAUCGAAAGUGAUACCGACGGGCAACCGGCCACACUUACCUGGAAUUUCUACAUAAUCCCGCUAUUGUUUGGGGCUCAGGAAAUUAUCGGAUAAUAUAUAUUUAACAAAACUAUAAUUUAUUUAUGCACUGUAUAAUAACUGCAUUAUUGACGAAACUAUUAUUAAAUACUAAUGUA